AUGAGUAAAGUAGCUUUGCAAAAAGGGAUGAAUUCCGGGAAGAGCAUCUCUGGCUCUCGAACUGAUCAGAAAUCCAUUGUAGCCAGAUCUUCAGAGAUGGUACUGAUAGUUACGGAACUGAAGUUCCGGCCCCCAGGUGAACGUGUUCCUCCUACAGAAAAGGGCAAAGAAGUUUACAUCUCUCCUCGUUCCAUUAAAGCAACCACCUGUUGCAAUCUUGGAGAAGAUUUUAAGGAUACCAAGCCCUUGGUAAUCCGGGUCAAUGUAGCGGCAUCUGAGAAAGGAGACUGCUGGAGGGUAUGUAACCAUGCAGGGGACUGCAACACAGCGCACCCAGGACUUAAAUCUCCCAACUUGUGGGGAAGGCUCGGCGAAGCGCUCAAUUGGGAGCUCUUCCUUUGUACAUAUGAUGACUACAACAACCCUACGAAGUUCCGUAACAUCAACGAAUUGAAAAACAUAAAUUUGGAGCUCAGAACUUUAGCUGGAGAAUGUCUCAAUGACAUCCAGCUAACUUUGCCGAGAAAUUUUGACAUAAAAAACCACAUCAGUCCAGACCACUGCAGCCUGAAGCUUCAAAAACUAGAGCUAAGUGGUGGAAAUUUAGCCACUUUUGCCCCAACUUAUCAAGCCUCAUUAUGGAUUUAUAUCGCCAAGAAACGUGUUGCCGAAUUUAGAUUUACAGUACGCCCAGGAUCUGUGGGCAAGGCUGUAAUGAAGGAAGGGGAAACACCCGCAAGGCCCCUACGACCUGGUCAAAUCAUUGAUCAUCUUGUAUUUCAGUUCAUGGACAAGUAUGGGAAUUUAGCGGAGAAAGGCGAAGUGGUUGACCUGGCUUUGGAGGGAUUAAAACUCUGCGAUAGAAAGGGAGGCUCCACUAGAAAGGUAGAUGACAGCAGUUGUGUUGAUCUUGGCGGCCGUCUGAAAGUGGAAGCUAGAUAUGGCGACACAGGCAGGAAAACUCAACCUCUUUAA